UGGGCGGAGUCACCAUGGAGAGUCAAGAGUUUUCCGUUACCCACACACUUCUGACCAUUCAUUUUUAGUCCAUGCUGCGAGGCACGUCGUUGAUAUAUAUAAGACGCUCACGAGCCGUAAUGACCAGACGUGAAACAUGAUGCGAGAGAUAGCAGCAGUGGUUUUCUUUCUUAAGAGACUCGUGAAGAAAGGGGAGAAGCUGGAAUCUGACAAGAUUGAAUUGUUUAUCGAGAGGCUCGCUGUUGCACUACAGGAGAAGUUUAAGGGUCACUGGUACCCUGAAAGCCCCAGCAAAGGCCAGGCAUACAGGUGCAUCCGAAUAAAUAGAUUCCAUAGGCAGGAUCCGGAUCUCCUUCGGGCUUGCCGGGAGAGUGGGAUAAAAUAUAGUGACCUGGUACUUCCUCGUGAGCUCACACUGUGGGUGGAUCCUGGAGAGGUUUGUUGCAGGUAUGGAGAGCAAAAUCCUUGCUUCUCAGUCGCCACUUUCAGGAGUGAUGAUGAGGAUGAUAAAGAUGUUGCAAAGAAGGUGACCAGCGCUCUGGAGAGAGUGACAUCAGACUACCAUUCAGGUUCUUCUUCUGACGAGGAAAGCACCCGUAGUUCCCCCCUCACUGUCCCAAACAGCCGAUGGACCCACCAGACCAUGAAUCCUGGAGCUCCUUCUUGGCACCCCAAAAAUAUGGUGCCAGGGAAGGGUCACACCCUUCCACGGCCUCACUACGGCUACAGGCCUCGCGACAAAGCCUCCCACACGUUGAGGAGUAACGUUUGGAUCCCUCCUGUCUACAGAGCGGGCCCCGAAUACUGGGACACGCACCAAAACGUAGCACAUAGUUACAGUUAGGGACCACGGUGCUUGUUGUUCACACUGGACAUUAAACCUAGAAAAAACUUUGACUGAGAUUUUUUUUUUUUUUUUUUUUAAACAAAACGUUAAUUUUUAUAACACAAAUAUUGUUUUUCAGUCUUUUUGCACUUUAGAUGUUUUUGUUAUAGUUGGAAUAACUUGUUUGAAAUUAGGCAAUAGAAUUGGAAUAUUACAUGUGUAAUUUUGUGAAGUACUGUAUUUUUACUACAGGAGACGUUCAUGUAUGCAGCUUAAUGUCCUUUGUGAUGAAAUGUUUUAUUUAUUAAGCAAAAAUUUUCAUAUGUGUAGGCUUAAUGUUAUAAACUUUUAUUAAACAUUUCCAAGCAUCACA